GACGGCGGAAAGAAUAAGUCAAUUGUCAAAAUUUAUAUAGCGUGACGUUUAACUGAAUUUGUGCCUUUAAUAAAAAAAAAAUACGAAUUUACACAUUGAUACAACGGUGUGUUUUUUAUAUUUAUCAACACUUAUGGAUGCUUGAGGUUUGAAUAAUGUCCGAGAAAGAAAACACCGGAGGGUCUGGCGGCUCACCGGUCGUUGUCGUAGAGUCAGCCAGACACAAGACAUAUCGACCUGAAUUGCCAGAGUCGCCCACAGAAUUACAUCACAAACGAUCCAGAGCACCUGGCGUACCGCCUGUCAACGAAGACUUGAAAGAAGCUACCGAAAAUCUUGAUGAAAUCAGGGACCGAAAAGAAAAUGAGCGGGUGUCCACAGAGAAACACAAGCACGGCAUCACCAAGAAGUUAUCAUCAAUUACAAAAAAACGCAGUUCCUCCCCCGAAGUGAUUACUCUAACCCAAGUCGGACUCGAGACUAAGCAAGAUACAGUAACACCGAUACCAGUACAAGUGGCAUCGACGACCGAUCUCGUGGCCGAAAAAAUCGAAGCUGUUAAAGAGAAUGACGAUGAUAGCAUUACCGAAGAAAUGCCGGAACCUAGGACGUCUGAUGAUCCCAAAGGGUCUACGAAAUGGGUAGAAAUCGACUUAAAAACUGAUGAAACAUGUGUAGACAAUGUGGUCGCAAGUGAAAUGGAUCCACAAGUAAUUGAUUCGUCCAAGAAAAAGGAAAUUUCCUGGAACGAUUCCGAAUGUCAACGGAAAGAAAACCUUCAGGAAAGGCAAACGAGGAGUCAAAUGUGGAUUUUGGAACGGAAAGCUUCGAUCGGACCUUGCUAUGCUGGAUCUCGGUUAGGCGCACCCUCGGGAAUCACAAUAUGCAUACCUAAGAAAUCCUUGAAGCACAACAGCGACGAAAUCAGAUCAAUGCAAUCGGUAAUCAACAUCUCCAUUUCAAAGAAGUGUUUGGUGAAUGAUACGCUGCGGGCAGAAAAUACCAGAGAAGCUACAUUGACCGAUUCUGAGAUUGAACAAAAGCCGUGCAAUAAGUUUCUUGGAUUAUUGCGUGGGAAGAUACGUAACGUGCGCACUAAAAUCAAGAGUGCUUUUAUUGAAUAACGUCAUUUGUAAUAUUUACAAUAUUUUGUUUAAAUUAAAGCCUUUCAAUAUU